AUGGGUUUAAUCUAUUCACUUUGUAAAUCAAAGAAUCGACGACCGCCUCCUGAACUGAUACCGUUUCUGAAGCUAUCUUCCAAGGCAUUGAGAAUUGUUCUUCAAGAAUUAGACGCUGUUCACACAUUCGAGUUGUCCCAAGUGUCGGCGGAACUGUCCGCUUUGAUCAACCCCGCUCAUCACACAUUUGACCAUAUUGAGGUCAACAUUUCAAAAGAGAAAAAAUCAAUAUCUUUCUGCAAUAAUGGGCAAAAGAAUCGACCGCUCACUUUCAACUUCACCUCUAAACGUGCAGUUUUCAAAAGGACUGUGAAAUUCGAAGAUUUAAGAUUGCCGAUGAAAUAUGACCCGAAAACCAGAUAUCACUGCUCCACGGACACAUGUGUCUACAACCUUGCCUCGGUUUUGUACCACAAUUUUAAAUUGCCAUGGUGGAGUCGCCGUGGCCAUUAUGGAUGAAUGUACUAUGAGAGUGAGACAACACACUGAUCAUCCAAUUUUCAACAAGAACCUCGUGGCGAUAUUGUCGGAAAAUAUAAACUCGAACGAACACGUCAGCCUGCAGUCAUCAAUUUUCCUGGAAUACGUGCUUUUGGAGGAAAUCAUCGUUGAGUUUCGUUUCUCCAUACCUCUCUUCAAUCGGACACAGAUCUUCACCCUGAAUCGUGUGUGCAUCAUGGAUGAUAGAUGGGUCAACUUUGGAUAUGUUAUGGAAUCGACUUUCACUCGGCUUAUAUUGUCAAACACCAAAUGGGAUGGGGAUGCCUUCUCAAAAAUGAGAAGAAAUGUUCGCGCGCGCUCGCUCUCAACUUCCUAGGAGAACAUCGACCAUGUCCUCUCCACUCAACCUCCACCUCUAAUCAAGUUUGUCAUUCCUUCCUACUCACCCAGCCAAACUGUGCGAUGGAGCUCCCCGAACUUCUCUCUUGUGGUUUGAUAAAGAAAAAGCAGAAACAACCGACGUUCGAACGAUUCCUGCAGCUCCCUUCUGAAGCCUUAGCCAACAUUCUCAAGAUUCUUCGCGCUGUUCAAAUAUUCGAAUUGUCCCAGUUUUCGAUGAGAAUGCGCACGUUGGUCAAGGCUGCUUAUUUUCUUAACUUAUUUUCGACUUCAAAACUGUGAAACCCGAAUCUUUAGAAAGAACACUGAAACUUUGAAGGCUAGAAAUUCCGGCGAGCUUUGCGGAUCAUAGCAAAAUCAGUUGCUACACUGCACACUUCGAGUCUUGUGUACCAGCUUGCCGCCAGUAUUUCUCCAACAUUCUCAUUUGCCGCCGUGAACUCGCAUCAUUUCAGUUGUAUUAUGUGUCGGGCCCCCAAAAUUGAGAACUCUCUUUGA